AUGAAAGACCGCAUCGGCCUGGCAGAUUAUUUGACACUUCUCCACGCUCGCAACCCUUCUCGCAUUACUCCCUCACUCAAUACUCCAGCACUGGUUGCUCCUUGUUCCUGGCCUAACACUCAGGUGAAAAUAGGUAAUCAGACAAAUACUCGCACCCAACAUCCCGCGGACUUUGGGGUGACAGCAGCAAACAUCAAGGAUGAUUUGACUGUGCAAAAAGGUCGACCGGAAUGGAUCUUCUCUGCAUACGCACCCGCCAAAGAUGUUCCCCGCCUGCUGUUUGGCGGCCCCCACCGCGAGCGGAGUGUGGAAGAGAUGCGACUGCGUCACUAUGAACUCGCGGCUGCCGGGAAACUCAACGAAGCAGUACAAGAGGCCUCGAGCCUGUGGGCAGAAUGUGUGCAGCAAACAGAUGCCGCAUUGAAUGACCCGCAAGGUGCCGCCAAAUAUGUUAUUGAUGGCAAGAAUGAACAUCCCAACAUUUUCGACAUCAUAGAGGGUAAAGCAAAUGCCACCCCUAACCAAGGCUCAUCCUUCAGCCAGCCAAUUGCACCUAGCCAGCCCUCUCCAUUUGGCCAGCAGAACACGAACUCGACACCAAAUGCCGGCCCUGCACCCGGGGCAUUCGCUGCUCCUUCUUCGACAUUUGGCCGGAGCACAGCCUUUGGCCAACCAUCUGGACUCGGUACUGCACCGGCACAACCGCAGAUAUCCGCCUUUGGCCAACCAUCUGGACUCGGUGGCGCAUCGGCACAAUCGCAGACAUCCGCCUUUGGACAGCCUUCGGCGUUCGGAAAGCCCUCUUCCAUGGGUGGCUCCGGCUUCGGUCAACCCUCUGCUUUAGGAGGGCAAUCCGCUCUCAAUAAACCAGCAUUUGGCCAGACAAGUCUUGGCCAGCAAGCUGCCAAUCCGAGUCCUUUCGGCAAACCAUCGACUCUGGGAGGUACCACAAAUACUCCAUUUGGUGCCCCUGCUGCCGCCUCCCCAUUUGCUCAAUUCUCACAACAAAAACCCGUCGCCGGUGGCUUCGGUCAGAGCUCAGGAGUAACCGGACCAUCACCAUUUGGCCAGAAUACUGCGCAGCCCGCUGCACAACCCGCUGCUUCGCCAUUCGGACAGGCCGGCCUGGCACAGCAACCAGCAGCUCCGUUUGGUGCCCCAUCCGCCCCCGGUGGGUUUGGACAACCAUCGCAACUGCAACCCUCCCAGCCUUCAUCCUUCCCACCCGCUAAUACUAAUCCAUUCGGAGCGCCUGCUGCAAAAACUUCAGCGCCGUCUCCCUUCGGAGCUCCUUCACAGCCAGCAGCGGCCCCAUCUCCCUUCGGACAACCGGCUGCCGCUCAAGGUGUGCCAGUACAAAACGCUAAUGCUGGACCAAAUGCAUUCAUCAAACCCAAUGUGUCCAACGAGCUCAACCCAAUCCCACAGCUACAGGGUGAAACUCGGACUGAUCCACAAACAAAGCGCCUCAUAAUGUGGAAGGGUCGCCCUGUCAACUAUGUCAAUGACCACCCCUGCUAUCUCCACCCGCAAGACAACAAGACCUUUGUCCGCAUCAACUUCCCCAAUGGGCCUCCUGAUGCAGCCAGUUUGAGGGACUCUCAGGGCAAACCAGAAGAAUACACCGCAGAAGUGACAGAGGCUUACAAAUUCUUCCUCGAGAAUGGCCACUUCAAGGAUGGCAGGAUUCCAGUUGUACCUCCGCAGCGGGAGAUGAUCAGUUUCGACUUUUAG